UUAUUGUUUCUGCUGCCGGAUUUGUAGAAGUGUAAAGCAGAGAGACGAUCAUCAUGUCAAGCGUGGACCCACCAGAAGAAGAGAAAAUGGACAUUGAUGAAGACACCCAAACUCCACGUGUGUACCCAGAUCUGACCCUGAUACAGAGACAAUACGCCCAGCAGACACCUCCACACGGGGCUGAUGGCUCCCAUCUGCUAUAUAACAGUUACAGCCCUCGUGAUCAGAAAACAGGACUGGGAGACAUGAAUAUGGAUGAUCACAAGAAUCCCGGUACUGGUGAUCCUCAGAAUACCCAUGGCGGAGGGAACGAUCAAAAUAUGAAUGCAGGGGUGAGUGGCAAACCCCCUGCCAGCAAUGCCAUUAUUACACAGCCUGGCAAAGUUCAAGGAGAUUUUCGUAGCCGUCCUGAAGCCUUUGGACUUACAAAUACUCAGGUGCUCUCAUCAGGGUUUCCGGAUACUGCUGUGGCACAAAUGAACCCACAGCAAGAACCUCACAAGAGCACAGAUGCUCAAGCAGUCGAUGAGGACUUACAUACAGCAGAUGCUGCAGGGGCAAAAAUAGAUGAUGGGGACAAAAAUGCAUCAGGUGAUGCAGGGACAACAAUUGGUGUUGGAUCCAAACCCUCAGCCCCUCUAGACUCUGCAAAGGUUAAUAUCAAAGUGGAGUGGACAGAGAAGUUUCCAGAAAAAUGGAAAAAACAUCUGCAAAUAGCUCUUCAGAGUUGGUUCAAUAAACUGUUCGAGCAGAUGAAAGAGACCUGCACUGUUUUGAACCUUCAACUUCUGGCUGAUCAGCAUCAAGCAAUGGUGGAGAUAAGCCCGUCAAAGGCUUUGGACAUUUUAAGGACACUGAAAAUUGGAUCUUUAACAUUCAAGGAAUUAAAAUGUAGCACUAUAGUGCACUUUUUGGUGGAUGAAACAAAGUCUUUGAAAGAGCCACCGAAGUCAAUCCCCACAGUAGAGGAGGAGAAGGUGCCUGUCCCAGAGCUGGACAUGUUUUUUACUGCUUUCAUGGAUUUAGACAAAUGCCCCCCAAAUAUUCAAACAGAACUCAAGAGAAGGUUUGGAAAUCCUCAGUUUGGAAAGAAUUUGUCAUUUUCAGGACCUUUUCACAUAAUUGAGAAGAACUACAGAGAAUUUUGUGGCAUCAUUAGAGCAUCAGAAACUGGGAUGGCUGCUGCUGCUGCAGUGAAAAACGAUCUAAGUAGAGCUGAGAUCCCACAGCAUGCUGAGAAGAGUGGAGGUCCACCUGCUUUUACCAUUCCUCUCUUUCAAUACUGGUACUUGAGCCAUGCUUUCAGAAAUGAGCUCAGCCAGUUUGAGAAGGAGUUUGGUGUUAAAAUAAAUGCUGAUGUGUCAGUUUCAGUUACUGCUGUGGAUCAAACCAGAAGAGAUUCUGUUCAGGAAGCUGCUCAAAGAUUUAUAGACUUUUACCAGCAAAGCACACAAAACCUACAGUGUGUUAACAUCCCUCAAACACAACUGGAGUCUGAAAUUGUUAAAGAGGCAGUGCAUAAUAUUCAGUCAGACCAGACUAAGAUGAUGUUAAACAUGUCAGCUGAUCAAUGCCUGCUGUUUGGACCAAAACCUGUAAUAUCGGCAGUUCAGAAGAGGAUGGAUCUGGAGUCUGGAAUGAAGCUUGCAGAAUCAUACAGCAAUGGCAUGACAAGUAAAAUGGAGACUGACAUCAGUGAUGCAUCAAGAAGCUGGUCUUCACAGAUGUCCAGGACCUUGGAAAUGGACAUCAGGGACACUCCAGAUUCGAUUGAGAUGAAUAAGACGCAUUGGGAACUGAUGAAGAAGAUUUUUAAAAAACAGAUUCAUGAUAUUGAAAAGAAAUAUGGAGUUGUGUUUAAUGCUGUACCUUCACAGGGCUCCAUUAAGGUGACAGUACACUCAGUCAACCAAGGUGUCAAUCUUGAAAGCCAUGCCCUCAGAGCCUUCAUGCAUCUCUAUCAGAAAGUUGCCACAUCAGCUGUUGCCUGUACAUUUAAGAACCCUGCUGAGGCAAAAACUGUGGACCAGGCACUGGAAAGACUCGGCUGUCAAGACUGUUUUGUUGGUGUUCAGGAGAAAAACGAUAUCUGGAAACUUGUUGGGCUCCCAAAGCAUCUCGGCCCUGCCAUCACUGAUAUUGAGAAGCUGGUUGGAAAGCGUUUAUUUGAUGACAAGACAAAGCGAUUAGUUGGUUACUCGGGAAAUUUCCCACAAUCAUGGGGGCUUAGAGGGGGGCAACAGGGAGCAGGUGCAGUUGGGUGGACAGACGGACCUUCUCCGAACAUUGGAGCACAAGCAAACAAUGAGCCAGGAAAAGCUGCUAACAAGAAAGAAAGUGAUAAAAGCAAAGAUGAUGACUGUCCAAUCUGCAUGGACAAAUUUACUGACAAAACAAAACUGAAAUGUGGCCACGAGUUCUGCAAAGGGUGUCUGCAGGAGUCAGUGAAGAGCAUGGGUAAAAUCUGCCCAGUGUGUAAGGACAUCUUCGGGAUGUUGAUGGGAACCCAGCCUGAUGGAACAAUGGACGUCUCUACCAAAGGCUUCAGUCUCUCUGGUUACCCUCGCUGUGGCACUAUUGAAAUUAUUUACACCAUAUCAGAUGGCAUUCAGACGGAGAGACAUCCAAACCCUGGACAACGUUUCUAUGGAACAAGUCGCCGGGCUUAUCUGCCUGACAAUGAUGAAGGGAGGCAUGUGCUUAAACUGCUGCGGAAAGCUUUUGAUCAGAAACUGAUCUUCACUGUCGGGACCUCCACGACCACUGGAGCACAAAACGUGGUCAUCUGGAACGACAUUCAUCAUAAGACCAACACCAGUGGUGGUCAGCAAAGUUAUGGCUAUCCGGACCCCGACUACCUAAAGAGGGUGAGAGAGGAACUGAAAGCAAAAGGCAUUGAGUGAAGAUUAAAAAUACAAAAGUAUAUAUAACUCAUAUUCAUAUGUUUACCUUAUUUUCUAGAUAUCAAAUGCCUAAUAAGAUGAGUCACUUAAUUUAGUCUUCUAUAUAGAUUUAAGAGAAUCUUAGGAAUAUUGUGUGGUUAUGUGAUUACUAUAUUUUCAACUCAAGACAUUUGAUGAUCAUUCAGUACAGUUGUUUUCAAAAGUGAAUGAGCGAGUGCAGUUGUAUGUGAAAGUUUGGCGCCCCUGGCCAAAUUAUAUAUUGUUGAUUUUUGAACUGAAGAGAAGUUACUACAACCUCUACAGUAAACUGUUUGAAAAAUGUUUUGGAUCAUAAGCCAGUCAUAUUUGUUAUAUUUGCCUCCAGAAUUUGCUCAUAGUUAGCACAAUCCAUUCUACCAACUACCCCUGUGCAAUGUUGAGUCAGUGGUAGCCAUUCAACAUCCAAGCAUAAUAUUUCCAGGGGCGACAACACAAAUGUAGCCAUUUUAUUUACUAUGCAAAACCACCAGUGAACCUACACAUGUCUUUUGAGUUUUAUAUGGAAUGUUGAUGAUGGGAAAAUAGUGGAAAAUCUGAAAUAAUACAUUUUCUUUGCGGACCAUUUUGCUUCGCAAUGUCCUACAUGUACUCAUACUCUAUGAAUGGGUUUAGGCUAAAAGCUCAUCAUAAAACUCAAACAUCAAAAAACAAUUCUGAGAUUUUUCACUUUAUGAAAAUAAGCCAAAAUCAAGCACAAGGGUUAUCAUGCUGCAUGAUUUUUCAUGUUUAAAUCUGAUGGUGUUGUGAUGUUAAAUUUGAGUACUCUGCACUUUUGUAACUUUACACUCUGUAAGCUGUAAUGGUGACUGGAUAAAAUGAAGAUAAAUAAAAACAGAUCAUGCAUGAAA